AUACACCGGUAGCACCCACCCAACGAGAGCGGUGCCGCUAUAUUAAUAAACCCUACAGUCUGUCGCCUCUUCGCUCGAUCUCUCUAGAACCCUUAUUCUCUCUCUAAGCUCUGUCUCACUCUCUCUCUAGAUCCAUGGGCAAGAUCAAGAUCGGAAUCAACGGUUUCGGAAGGAUCGGCCGUUUAGUGGCUCGAGUGAUUCUGGGAAGGGACGAUGUCGAGCUCGUGGCUGUUAACGAUCCCUUCAUCACUACCGAUUAUAUGACAUACAUGUUCAAGUACGACAGUGUUCAUGGUCCAUGGAAGCACCAUGAACUCAAAGUUAAAGACUCCAAGACCCUCCUAUUUGGUGACCACCCGGUUGCUGUCUUUGGUCUCAGGAACCCAGAGGAGAUCCCAUGGGCUGAGGCUGGAGCUGAAUACGUUGUGGAGUCCACUGGUGUCUUCACUGACAAGGAGAAGGCUGCUGCUCACUUGAAGGGUGGUGCAAAGAAGGUCAUCAUUUCAGCUCCUAGUAAGGAUGCUCCCAUGUUUGUUGUGGGCGUCAAUGAAAAGGAAUACAAGCCUGAUAUUCACAUAGUUUCUAAUGCUAGCUGCACAACCAACUGCCUUGCUCCCCUUGCUAAGGUUAUUCAUGACAAGUUUGGUAUUGUGGAAGGUCUUAUGACUACUGUUCACUCCAUCACAGCCACACAGAAAACUGUUGAUGGACCAUCAAGCAAGGACUGGAGAGGUGGAAGAGCUGCUUCUUUCAAUAUUAUUCCUAGCAGCACUGGAGCAGCUAAGGCUGUUGGUAAGGUGCUGCCUGCACUUAAUGGGAAAUUGACGGGAAUGGCUUUCCGAGUUCCUACUGUAGAUGUAUCAGUUGUUGACCUCACUGUGAGGCUAGAGAAGGCGGCUACAUAUGAACAGAUAAAAGCUGCUAUCAAGAAGGAGUCCGAGGGAAAUCUGAAGGGAAUCUUGGGUUACACUGAAGAUGACGUGGUCUCCACUGACUUCAUUGGUGACAACAGGUCAAGCAUCUUUGAUGCCAAGGCCGGGAUUGCCUUGAACGAGAACUUUGUGAAGCUGGUGGCCUGGUAUGACAACGAGAUGGGAUACAGCACCCGUGUGGUUGACUUGAUCACCCAUAUGGCGAAGACUCGCUGCUAAGUAGGACCGUCAUCCAGGAGAGGGUCGUCUGUUGAUGUGGUCGCAAUGUUGCGAAAGAAUCCAAAUAAAAUUGAGGGGUAGUCUAUAGGACAUGAUAAGCUCUUCCUGGACAAGAGUAUAUGUCUUGAGAGAGUUUGUAUGUUUUUUUUUAUAUAUAUCUCUGUUUUCAUGGUUUUCCAGUGUCAUCGGAUGAGGGGCAUCGGAUGCGCCCCAUGUUUUCAACUUUGUUCUAUGAACCCUCUUGCCUUUUGCCUUUUGCCUUUUGCCUUUUUAAUAUGUUAAUCUAUCUUGAGCCACUGUUACUGUUAAAA